CGGGUUUGUUUGGCUUGUGGGUUGGAUGAGAAUUUGAGAUGAGAUUGAAACUAGAUGGGGAAAUCUGGCUCCGUUUCUCUGUUUGAUCUCAUUGUCGUCUUGGUUUCAUAAUUUUGUUCAAAGAAGUGUAGAUAAGAGAAAAAAUGGCUCAAUUGUAUGCCCCUUCUGCUACUGAUGAUAAGCAUCAAUGGAUGGAGGGUUCACAAGAGAACAGCAAAAUCGCAGUCCUAAAACAUCAAGGAGAAUUUGUAAAUAAACUCAAGAAGAAAGCAAACUCAAAGAUGUCAUCUUAUUCCUCUGCUCAUGACCUGAGGAACUUCGCUAUGGAAAAGGAGAUACAAGAUGUUUCAUCUCCAAGAGGAGUGAUAGAAGCCUGCUUGAACGGAUGGGAACCUGAUUCCGAAGCCAGCAAUCAGGAGUUGCAAGUAUCUAAACAAGCACACUCAAAGACACAUUCUCACUGGAGAAAAUUCUUCAAGGUGUGGAAGUUGAGACCGGUUAAGCGUCUAACCGCAUUAGCCCAUCCGACUAUGCCGAAAGCUCCAAGGAGGAGCAGGAGCGUGAGGGAGAAUCCCGUGCUAAGGGACCUCUACAAUUUUAAGUCUUCACUCAGGAACUUUACAUAUCCUGAACUCAAAGCUGCAACUAACCAUUUCAGCAAAGAUAACUUAAUUGGGAAGGGUGGAUUUGCUGAGGUUUACAAGGGUCGUUUGGCGGAUGGAAAUCUGGUAGCAAUCAAGCGCCUAACCAAAGGUACAAACGAGGAAAAGACAACAGGGUUCCUGUCUGAGAUUGGCAUUCUAGCUCAUGUGGAUCACCCCAACACCGCUAAGUUACUCGGUUGUGGCGUUGAAGGAGGGAUGCAUCUCGUCUUUGAGUUGUCUCUUUUGGGGAGUUUAAGAACAGUUCUUCAUGAAUCAGAAGUCAAGCCUGAGUGGAGUAAGAGAUAUAAAAUUGCUCUGGGAACAUCAGAUGGCAUAUUGUAUCUUCAUGAGACUUGCCGGAAGAGAAUCAUUCAUAGAGAUAUAAAGGUUGACAAUAUCCUUCUUACUGAGGAUUUUGAGCCACAGAUAUGUGAUUUUGGGCUAGCGAAGUGGCUACCAAAGCAGUUGUCUCACCAUAAUGUGUCAAAGUUUGAAGGAACAUUUGGAUACUUUGCCCCUGAAUAUUUCAUGCACGGCAUAGUCGAUGAGAAGACAGAUGUUUAUGCCUUCGGGGUCAUACUCUUGGAGCUCAUAACUGGACGAAGAGCUGUUGAUGAUGCACAGCAUAGCCUAGUGAUUUGGGCAAAGCCAUUGCUAGACAACAAUGAUCUCGCGGAACUUGUCGACCCUUCUCUUGGUAAACACUACGACUCAGAGGAGAUGGAUCGCUUGGUUUUGACAGCCUCUUUGUGCAUUGAGAAUUCACCCAUCCUCCGUCCUCGUAUGAGUCAGGCAAGGACGCAAAAACGAAAAACCUUAUUUAUCUGGCCCCAUUUCCAUGCUAGUCCUACUAUAGUACCAGAGUUGUUUUCAUCUAUGCCCUACUGAUAAACUCAUCAUCCUUGUUCAUCAUGAACCAAAAUCAAGUUGAAUGCUGAUGAUGCACAACGAAUGGCAUUAUUCGUUUAUAUUUCUCUCCAUUAUUGCAGGUCGCCAUACUGCUGAGAGGCGACGAGUACGCAUUGGAAUGUGCUAAGCAAGAUCAUAAGCGAGCCCUCCAUAGGACAUACUCUAACGAGCUGUUAGAUGCGCAAGAGUACAACUCUACCAAGUACUUGAGCAUAAGGGAUAUCAAUCGACUCAAAGAGAUUGCUUUUAGUCCUUGAAACCCAGUUCAAGAAGAAACACAGAAGAAGUGUUUCGGAGGCAGACAAGGUGGUCCUGUAGCAAUAAGUUGUAGCAUUUGACGACAAGAAGAGUUGUGUUCCAAAGAAAAACAUUUGCUUUACGGGGAACUUGAAGUAUUGGUAUGGGCUUUAACCAAGCAGUACAUAUGAGUGUGUUAGGUUUAAAUAUCGAUCUAGAAUAGUUGGAUGAUUUUUUCUGUAGUCCACCUAUGCCCAAAGUAUCUCUGCCGAGUUAUAUGUUUUUCUCCUGAAAUCAUGAUCUAUUGGUGCAUCUCUUUCUACCCCUUUCCUUUGCCUUCGCUAUUUGAGAAAUCCAGAGUGCAGACUUUUCCCUUUGCUUUUGUCUUCU